AUGGCAGAUGUGACUCCCGCGAAACGAGUCCUACCUGCCAGAGACAGGCGCGAAUCUGCUGCGAAGCGCUACUCUCCAGCACCACCCACGGUCACCCGCAGAAAAGUGUCGACUAAGCCUGCCACCCCAUCGACGCCCGCUACUGAGGAGCGAGCGACCAGAAAGGCAUCAAGGCGAGCAGUGAGAUCGCCAACGCCGGAAGCAGUGCCCACGCCACCUCCUGAAGACACGCUUCCUACCAAGGUCACAUCGUCUAGACCACUUCCGACGACCAAGCAGAAGCAGGCGUCAAAGUUGUCUGCCGAAGACUACCAGUCUGUUGCGGAAAGUGCUAUUCUUGCCGCCUCUCUGCAUCGAUCUCGUAUGCAAUGGCUCUCAGAUGGUAUCUUCAAGAAGUACUGGGUCAAACCAGUCAAGAGGAAAGGUGUCAUUGAACAGCCACCGAACAAUCCAGAUGUCAAGUCAAUGACCAGACUCGGGACCGGGACUAUUUCUGCUGAGCCUCACAAAUUUGAAGUGACGUUUUAUACGGUCAAGGAGGCCCUUCCAAUGCAAUACAAGCCUCCGGUGCAGCCUACGCCUCGAGUCUCAGCGCCGCCUUACCCAGCGGCAGCCCCGCAAGCUCUCUCCCAACCUGCAACUCCGGCCAGCAGUGUUCAAGCCGUAGUGCCGGUGCCCCCUCCCAAUCAACAGGCAACUCCCGUCAAGCAGGAGCCGUCCGUGCCUCCCGCAAAGCCCGCGACUCCUAACGUGCCAAUCGCAAAGCCCGCGACUCCAGGCGUGCCACCUUCGCAGCAGACUGUUCCGGCGGCACCACCGCCGCCGAAGACCAACUCAGACCCGGUCAUACAGAUGUUGGCGGCGCGAGCAGCCACUGACGCGCAUUUAAAAGAGCUGAUGAAGGUGGUGGCGACAUCCAAAGCAAAUGCAGAACAAUUGAAAGAGUUUCAGAAGCAUAUCGACGAAUUCAAUGCUGUUGUAAAAAAGCAAGAGCUGGAGAGGCUCGAGGCGGAGAAGCGGGCGAAAGCGCAAGCUGCCGCUAGCCGAACGCAAGCGGGCGCACAGCAGCAGCCGCCACCACCAACAACGACAGCAGCACCUUCGUCCGCCGUUCCACCUCCUGUCAGUGCGCUCGCCCAGGUACCGCCGAGCACAGCUACGCCUUCGCCUGCGCCGGGAACGACUCCAUACGCCACUCCAGGUGCCGCACACCCGUCUGUAUACAACACAUCGGCACCACGACCACCGCCACCUGCCUUUGCGACAUACCCAUCGCCUCGACCAGUGCAGGAAUACAUCAAGCAUAUCAUCCUAGAGUUUCAUGGUGACAGUGCCACCACAGAUCGCUUCGUAUUCCCUGCCUAUGCAGCUCUGGAUAUGAAGCCGGGAGGACUUGAGAUGCUCACAUCGUUUUUCGUGGAACGAAAAGGGUCCGACUUGAUCGCAGCUGUCGGAGAGGGCAACACGGAAGAAUUGGCUGCUGCUCAAGCUAAGUGGAAGGCAGAUGUGGAAUACUACCAACCUGUCACCAUCAUGGUACGCGCCAACCAGCACAAGACAAUCGAGACGAUUGCGCGGGCCGCAAAGACUCUGCCCGAGGUGCAAAGUUAUAUGCGACAUGUACUUACCAACAAGACACGCGCUCCGACAGAGUAUUUGGUUCAUCAGCUGCCUCGCGAGAAGGGCGUAGCUGAAUCCGACAUGCCAUCAACAGACCUAGUCGACAGUGGUGUGGAGAUGGGAAGCGAUGACGAUGAAGACGAUGAGCUUAAGCCGUGGUACGGCAACGCUUGA